GCUACAGUCGGUGAGGUGCUCGGUCCGCCGGUGCCGUGUGAGGAUGUGAACAUUAACGGAGGCUGGAGGAAAUUAACCGAUAAAUGCGUGACGACGGGACGCCGCGGAGAAGCUGAGUCGCGGACAAGCAAGGUCAUGAGGUGUCAAAAGUCGAUGCUUUGUAGGGAAAAUCAGAGAAAAUAGAGGAGACGCUGUUAGUUUGAGGAGAAGAUUAAGCUUUGUGCGUGUAGAAUAACGCGCUGGAGAUUUUUUUUUGGAGAAGACUGAGACAACUCCUGCUUUUGUUACCACACUGAAUGGACUUUUGAGAUAGUGUCUAAAAGAAUGACGGCCAGACAGAGGUCCGAGGAUGUUCCCACUCUCCACGGAACCUGCACAUAACCCGCAAAACCACCACUGACUGACCUUUUUACGCACGGGGAAAGAUCCGUGCUCACACAUUUGGUUUUCGUGUUUAUGUGGAUGAACUUUGCAAUUCAUUUUUAAUGAUUCGAGAUCUGAGCAAGAUGUACCCCCCGGCACGGCAUCCGGUCCCCCACCAGCCGGGGCAGCCGUUAAAGUUCACUGUCACCGAGUCUUGCGACCGGAUCAAGGAGGAGUUCCACUUCCUGCAAGCCCAGUACCACAGUCUGAAAUUGGAGUGUGAGAAACUGGCCAGUGAGAAAACUGAGAUGCAAAGACACUAUGUCAUGUACUAUGAGAUGUCGUACGGACUGAACAUCGAGAUGCACAAGCAGGCGGAGAUCGUCAAACGGCUGAACGCAAUCUGCGCCCAAGUCAUCCCCUUCCUCUCUCAAGAGCAUCAGCAGCAGGUGGUGCAGGCAGUGGAGCGGGCCAAGCAGGUCACCAUGGCUGAACUCAACGCCAUCAUAGGACAGCAGCAGCUCCAGGCUCAGCACCUCUCCCACGGCCACGCCAUCCCCGUCCCGCUCACGCCACACCCAGCGGGCCUCCAGCCCCCGCUGCCUCCCGGGGCCGGUACUGCCAGCCUGCUGGCUCUGUCGUCUGCUCUGAGCCACCAGCUGCCGCUCAAAGACGAGAGGAAACACCACGACAACAACAGCGAACACCCGAGAGACAGGGACUCGGUCAAGAGCUCGUCUGUGUCUCCCUCUGCCAGUUUCCGGACCCGAGAGAAGCACAGGAGUUCAAGCGAUUACUCCUCCGACAGCAAGAAACAGAAGACAGAUGAUAAGGAGCUGGCCUCUACACGCUAUGAAAGUGAUGGAGAGAAGAGUGACGACAACUUGGUCGUGGAUGUCUCCAAUGAGGAUCCCGCGUCUCCUAGAGGAAGUCCUGCCCACUCGCCUCGGGAGAACGGAUUGGACAAGAGCCGCCUAUUGAAGAAGGAUGCUCCGCUGAGUCCGUCCUCCAUCGCCUCCUCCAGCAGCACACCUUCAUCCAAAUCCAAAGAGAUUAAUUUGAAUGAGAAGUCCACAACGCCUGUGUCCAAGUCCAGCACCCCCACAUCCCGCUCUGACGCCCCGACACCCAGCAGCACCACCACCCCGAGCCUGAGGUCUGCACCUGGGAAACCACCAGGAGUAGAGACGCUGGCUCCUGGUCUCCGCACACCGUUGGCAGUGCCCUGUUCGUACCCCAGUCCAUUUGGGAUGGUCCCCCACCCGGGUAUGAACGGAGAGCUGAGCGGAGCCGGAGCAGCCUACACCGGCCUGCAUAACAUUUCUCCACAGAUGAGCGCGGUGGCUGCUGCUGCGGUGGCAGCAUACGGACGCACACAAGUGGUUGGAUUUGAUCCUCACCAUCACAUACGUGUCCCUGGCCUUCCUCCCAACCUGUCUGGCAUUCCGGGUGGAAAACCAGCCUACUCCUUUCAUGUGAGUGCUGAUGGACAAAUGCAGCCUGUGCCUUUCCCCCCGGACGCGCUGAUCGGCCCCGGCAUCCCGCGCCAUGCACGACAGAUCAAUACUCUCAGCCACGGGGAGGUGGUGUGUGCUGUCACCAUCAGUAACCCGACGCGUCAUGUCUACACCGGCGGCAAGGGCUGCGUCAAGGUGUGGGACAUCAGUCACCCGGGAAACAAGACCCCGGUGUCCCAGCUGGACUGCCUUAACAGAGAUAACUACAUCCGCUCCUGUCGGCUACUUCCGGACGGGCGUACUCUCAUCGUUGGGGGCGAGGCGAGUACUUUGUCAAUCUGGGAUUUGGCUACACCGACUCCACGAAUCAAGGCUGAACUAACUUCAUCAGCACCUGCGUGUUACGCUCUGGCCAUCAGCCCCGACUCCAAGGUCUGCUUCUCCUGCUGCUCUGAUGGAAACAUAGCUGUGUGGGAUCUUCACAACCAGACUCUGGUUAGGCAGUUCCAGGGUCACACAGACGGAGCCAGCUGUAUAGACAUCUCUAAUGAUGGGACCAAGCUGUGGACUGGAGGCCUGGACAACACCGUGCGGUCCUGGGACCUGAGAGAGGGCCGACAGCUUCAGCAGCACGACUUCACCUCCCAGAUCUUUUCACUUGGAUACUGUCCGACGGGCGAGUGGCUAGCAGUGGGGAUGGAGAACAAUAAUGUGGAGGUCCUUCAUGUCACCAAACCUGACAAGUACCAGCUCCACCUGCAUGAAAGCUGCGUGCUCUCACUCAGAUUUGCUCACUGUGGGAAGUGGUUUGUGAGCACAGGAAAAGACAAUCUGCUCAACGCAUGGAGAACCCCGUAUGGAGCCAGCAUAUUCCAGUCAAAGGAGUCGUCCUCAGUGCUGAGCUGUGACAUCUCCAUAGAUGAUAAGUACAUAGUGACGGGCUCAGGAGAUAAGAAAGCGACUGUCUACGAGGUCAACUACUAGGAGGGCGAGACCAUCCUUCCAUCUAGGCACUUUGCCGUGUCUCCAUGUACAAUUUUUAAUGUGUAUAAAAUGGAUUUGAAUGGAACUAAUCGAACAGACUGAGUCUUUCCUGGACAGAGACCUUUUGACCUUUUAGAUGGCCGUGGAUCAAAACAAACAAGCAGAACCAAGCACAGAGAUUUUUUUUUGAGUGUCUUUUUGUUGUUGUGAGGAUGAAUGUCUGAAUGCACUGAAUCUGGAGAGGCUGCUGUUGUUAUAGCGUUGGAUUGAAAACAUUCCUUUACACUUUUAGGCUUCAUUGUUUACCAACACAUUUGCAUGAAAAGAAUAUACUUGCCUUUGUACUUUGUACCUGAAGGCCCAAAAAGACGCAGGGCCAGAUCAUUCCCAGCUGACACCAGAUUAUCUGCUCUGACAACAGAUUUAGCACAACAUGAACAUGCUUAACUAAAAAUAGUAACACUUGAGAGGGUUGCUGUUGGGUUAAAGGAGCAGUGUAUAAAAUUUAGGGGGAUUUUGUGGCAUCUAGUGGUGAGGAUUGCAGAUUGCAACCAGUUGAAACUUCUCCUGGUUAGAAUUCCUACAGUGUUAAUUGUUCAGGAGGUUUUUACCGGAAGCCGAAUUAUCCGCAGAGGUCUCUUCCUCUCCAAAACAAACUUAGCAGUUGUUUUAAACUGUUAAAAACACUGAAUAAAGCAGUUUUAAGUUACAAAUCAGUGUUUCUUUGACACUGUAUGGCAGAUCACAGUCUGGCUGCUAGCUAACUGCAACUGCUAAUGUGUGCUCACCUUUUUUCUGAUCCAGAUGUUCGGGAGUUUUUUAACAGGAGCUGAAUUAUCUGCAGAGGUCUCUUUCUUUCCAAAACAAACGUACUUGCUGAUUUAAACCGGUAAAAACACUGAAUAAAGCAGUUUCAUGUUACAAAUCAGUGUUUCUCACAUACUGUUUGGUUCACUGGAGACGGACUAGCCUAGCACCUCUGAUAUCUCUGAUAACGUAAGAUCCAGACGUUGAGAAAUUUUUUUUACCUAGAGCUGCAUUAUCUGCAGAGGUCUCUUCCUUUUGGGAACAAACGGACCUUGGGUCUCAUUUAUAAAACGUCGCGUAGGAGCAAUACUUAAAAUGUGCAUACGGACAAAAGCCAAAAAUGGCGUGCGCCAAAAAAUACUCAACAAUUUCUGCAGUCAGGCUUCCACCUCACCAACUGCAUCGCCAAUUUUACAUGUCCAAAAUAUUCGUAGGCAUGGGUCAAAGUUUCUCCCAUCAAGUCUUUAUUUAUAUAUAACAACUUUCAUGUUAAAAAAAAUCAGUGUUUUUCCAACACUGCUCAUUACAGAGAGGCUGCCAACUACAGUGGCCAACGCUAAAACGAUGAUGGCCCUAUCUAGAGCCAGUGUUAGAUGCCUCCGUUCUGGGCCUCUGUAGAAACAUGGCGGUGCAACAUGGUGGACUCCAUGAACCCGCUCCCUAUGUAGAUAUAAACAGCUCAUUCUAAGGUUACAAAAACACAAUGAUUCUUAUUUUCAGAUGAUUAUGAACUAAAGAAAACAUACUUAUUAUAUUAUAUUCCAUUUCUGCCGAUAUAUCCUCUUAAAUCCUAUACACUGGACCUUUAAUGUAAAUAUCAUGGGAAAAGUUUCUCUUCAAACUUGACCUUGUUGUCGUCUGUUCAGCUUCCAACCUUAUUCCACAUCCAAUAUUACUGCCACCACCAUUUAUGUUAUCAAUUACAUCUGUGAGGUGUACAGCGUUUAUUUCUGUAGAUGCACACCACAAACAUUCGUCAAUUAUAUCCCAGGAUUUAUUCAGCCUCAACUUCCUGUAGAUAUUUUCAUAACAGUGAUUGUUUUGAUCAGUCAUGAGCAAGCUGCUCAGCUCUUAUUUAUGCGAGCCCUAAAUGCAGUAUUGUCAUUUUUUAUUUUUUGGUUCUGUCUCAUUCUUGCCUUCAGGCACUGCAUGUUAAUACCUCAUACCAAA